AUGGACAAAAGGGUAUGGAGCCAUAUAAUGGACUGCGUCAGGAAAUAUGUCAUUGAUUGCUCUUCAGAGGAGCAAAGAACGAAAUUUAAUGAAGCUGUAAGCAAUUCCAUAGAUUCUGUACAUGCGAUAUGUAGCUCUGAUCGUUACAGGCGAGAUUACUUGGAAUAUGCAACCUGUUUUCGGAAAGUUUCCAUGGAUAGCUGUGGCAACCAUUUCAGAAAAAUGGUAGACAGCGCUUAUAACCCACAUUCUUUAGAAUUACAUAUAUGUUGUGCUUACAGACAAUAUGAGAAGUGCGUUUCAGAACCCACUCAGAGAAUUUGUGGACCUCAAGCUUUGCAUAUACUUGACGAUUCCAUGUCUUCGUUACGAAGCCGAUGCGAGACAAUUACGAAAUCACUGAAGCCAUCGGACAAAAUAUGUCCAGCAGAAGGCAACAACGUUCAAGAUACGCAAGAGUAUCAACCAAGACCAGCAUUGCGUCACGUGGAGCAAACAUACAAUCCAUUAACCACAUCCAGUUACCUCCUCAACAGUCGUCCAGCUCCACAAUAUACGACCCCAUCUUGGACACCACGUACUGUAAUUUACCCGCUACCAGUGACCAGACACAGUAGCAGAAUAUCUCACAACGAUGCCUGGACAAUAUCAAGUUCUGCCAUAUGCUUACUAGCGUCUCUAUUGUUUGUUUUCUGUCUUUGUUAGCGACUGGUUUCAUAUUGAUACGGGGUUAUGGAAAUAGAGGGGAGUGAAAGUGAAAGAAAGCUUUCAAUUCAUGUUGUCUUGGCUUGCGAACUCGAUUGUGCUCUAAUAAAAUGGUUACUAAAUGGGUGUUGAAAUUUUUUCCUUGGAAUGUUAGUAGUAGUUGCAAUUUACAUAGCA